AACUUUUGCCUUUUAUUCUUAAAUUGCUGCUUUCAACAUACAGAUAUUAAGAACAGAAGAACUGAAAAGAUGGCUUUUGUUGUUGUGAGUUAAUAAGUCUGGGAUUUGGUUUCCACAGCAACCAAUCCCAAACAUAUCUGGCAUGCAUAAUGCCAGUGGGAGCUUAGAACUUGUGCGUUCCUUCCCUACGGUUAUAUUACAAAGUAAAGCACCCCUAUAUUUGUAAGCUCAUUUAAGGGGAGCAGCUGAAACUUGCGAACAUAUCACUGACAACUGACAUGAAAGUUUCCUGUCUGUACGUGAAAGUUUUACAUGCAAACUUGUACAUCCCAAGGUGCCAGGGAAAAAAAUGCCUUUGAAAUGCAUUCGAGAAAACAAAUUGAAAUUCUCUGAUUCUCUGAACAGCCGGCGCUGGACAUUCUUGAAAAAUGGAUUGGAUGAUUUUAGAGAUGGCUUCCCUCCUCCAUCUGACAACAACAUAAUUCAUGGCACAAAGGGGCCUGUACCAAUUCUGCAAAACAAUAGUGCAUCUAAUGCUUCUUGCAUGGCUCAGCCAAAAGGAAGGAAAAGAUGCACCAAAACCCAGAUCAGCCCUUGCAAGCUCAGUCCCUUGCAAAAAGCCAGAAGGGAUUACAUCUCACAGAUAGAGUACUGUGUGAGCCAGCACCCUCUGGUGCUCUACCCUCAUCUGGAAGAAAGUGUCCCUCCAGAGCUUUUUAAAGAAGUGAUGGAUGUCCUGGACCCUGAAAUGUGUUUGAGUUGUGAAGCUGGAUGCAAGGAUCAUGAACAGGAGAACCAUGCUCCUCAGAAAGAGCAGUACCUGCUGGAGGAUGGGCAAAGAAAAAAAACCACCCCAGUGCCCAGGUCAUCCGUACUUAUCUUCAAAAGAAAAGAGUUCAGAGGCAAGAAUUCAUACACACGGCUUUCAAAGAAAGAGGUGGCAGCAAGAGAGAGGGCGGCCAGACUGAACUAUAUUCCUCCCCUGGAUGAGAACAUAAAGCAAAUAACUAAGGAGUUUUGUGACUGGGUAACUUCUUUGGGAGGAGAGAAAUACAACAUGGAUGAAGCCACCAUCCUAAGCAUGUUUGAUACUGGCUAUGAAACCAAGCCUACCAUCUCUGUGCCUAUCCACGUUGUUGAACUAAACAAUGUGCCUGCCGAGCUGAGAAAGUGUCUGGGGGUUUCACCUCCUCAGACUUCUGCCAAGAGUCCUCUUAAUGCAGGGUGCCAUCCCUGCUAUGCUAAGGAUCCUUCCCAAACAAAAUGGGAGAAGAUUAGGUAUGGAGCCUGGUACCUUGACCCAAAAACAUGGAGAAAACAAAAAGCAAAUGAAACUUUGGAGGCUCCAAAAGCACCUGUUGAUAGUUUUCAGAACAUGAAAAUGCGACUUAAUGGAAAGGAGGCUGAGGUCAUACAGCUCCACGGGACAUAUGCUUUUAAGGAAUUCCUUGAAAGGAAAGGCUACAGGAAGCCUGAGUUCCUUCUGAAGAUGCUUGCUGCAACCAGUGCUACUGGAACACAGGAGGGGUCUUCAAAAAGCCAUAGGAAGGAGCAUCUGAAGAGACAUGAGGGGCUGAGAGAAGGCUCCUCCUCCACAAUUGUCAAUUAAUGCAAAACUCUGGCUUAGUUACAAGCAACAGGAGUUAAAAAAAAACUCCUGGAGAGCUCUUGAUGGUCAGAAUAACUGCAGCUGGAGCUUGGAGAACUCCCCUAACUGUAAGCUUGAAGAUGGGUGGAUUGUUUCCCUUUACAGAAAUCGUUAGUCUGAGAGCACUUAGAGAUAGACUUGCAUUAGUGGAUAUGCACCUGGAAUUUACUGUCCUAGCUGCUCAGUCACCCUAAAGUCUGCCUGGAAAAUGCUACUGCGUUCUAGAGAUAGCAGGUGCACAUGCUGCACUACUUUGUUUAAUGGCCAUGGCUAAGAGCCACAGCAUUAUGUGCUCAAGGGUCUGUUGUGCUUCCAGAAGGAGCUUUCUAUCCAGGGACCAGACUCUUUCUUUAGCUGCACAAUUUACACCAGUCUGGACAUGCCCUGUGAGAUACUGUGCUCAGGUCAAAUGUAAGGAAAGUAUAUUGGUUUAUCUGUCCCAACAAACCAGCUUAUGCUGUCAUAAACAAGCUUCUGCUGGUAUAGAAAAGCUAUAAAAACCCACACUACUAACAGACAUUGCUAUAUCCUAGAAGCCCUAAUGUAGAACAGGACCCAGAAGCCACCCCUUUAUGAAACAGAAUUCCUUCCAGGCUUACCCCAGGGUCCAGGCUAGAGGGGGAUAUAGUAACCUGUUGCUGGCCUCAGUUUACAAGUCCUUCUGAGAUGGUGCAGCCCUGCACUACCUUUAAGGGGGCCUGUAGUGUACCCCUGUGGUAAAGCAACAGGGAAGCAGACACAGAAGAAACUAUUUGCUGUGGGGAAGAAGAUGAGAAGAGCAGUGUAGCUAGGCAAAAGGGGUUCUGAUUCUAGCUGAUAAAUAAACUCAGUCUCCCUUUAGAAGGGCCUCUAAAAGCCAGGAGAAAAUUUUGCUCAGGUCCAGCCUAGCAGGAGCAGCUGAGUGAGAUUAAAAUGUGGAUAGCAGAUGGUGUCUGAUGCAGAUAAAUACUGGGUUUGUUAUAGAGAUAGGCUCAGAGUACUUUCUGCUAUGCAUAGGAACCAAGAGUGGGUCUGUGCCAAUCCAUUCCUUGAGGUCUUUGGAUAGUAGUAUUAUUGCCAAUAUAUUAUGUUUUGCAAAACAACUAGGACUGUGACUCUGAUGAUAGGAAACAGGGCAAGAAGGGGAUCCCAGCCAACAAUAGUAAGUCAAAAACCCUGUUUCUCAGAAGUCAUCCGAUAAAGAGAAGAGAUGGAAAAACAAUUCUUGAAAAUAGAGUGCAUUUUUUACACUCAAAAGCAGUAACUCACAUAUGAGCUGAUCCUUCAUUAGUGAUCUAAAAUCUUUGCCAAAAGUCCUUUGAAGCAGAGCAGUAUCUUGCCAGACAUCCAUAAACAUAUUCUCCCUCAUUGGUCUCUCCACUGUGUCCUUAGGCACAGCCUCCACUCCUCCCUAGUGCUAAGCAGAACUAACUUGCAUGGUAAAGAGCCCCAGCCAUGUCUUCCUAGCAGGCUCUGUUAAAGAUUGAAACAGGCUUUGUCUUCUCCUCAUUCUUUCAGUAAAGCAACUUUGUUCUUCAGGUAA